AUGAGGGGAGCUAUCCUGGCCACCGCGGCCGCCUUUGCCGGCACCGCCGUUGCGGACAUGCACAUGCGCCGCCAUGCUCACGAGGGUCUUCACCACCGCGCCCUCCACGCCCCCUCCGCCGCUCCCGAGGAGGAGUGCGGCUGCACAACCGAGGUCAUCACCUACUGGGGCGAGCCAACCACCAUCCCCCUUCCGGUCACCACCAGCACCAGCACCCCCGUCGAGGUCCCUACCAGCACCGUGACCUCCGAGACCACUCAGACCGUCGAGUCGACCAGCACCAGCACCGUCACGGUCACUGCUACGUCCUCUGCUUCUCCGGUCGAGACUCCCUCCGAGGUCCCCUCCGAGACUCCCGUCGAGACUCCGGUCGAAACCCCUGUGGUCACUCUCCCUACCCCCGGCGUGACCAGCUACUCGGAGACUGGUACCUACACCAUCCCCGCCACCACGCUCACCGUCACCGACACGACCACUGUCUGCGGUGCUACCACCACCGACCUCCCCAGCGGUACCCACACCUACGGAGGUGUCACCACCAUCGUUGAGACCGCUACGACUAUCACCUGCCCCUACGCCACCGUCAAGCCCACCGGCAGCACCGUCACCAGCGUCAUCGAGACCACGACCUACGUCUGCCCCUCCGCUGGCACCUACACCAUCGCCCCUACGACCACCUACGUGCCCACCUCCACCGUGGUCGUCUACCCCACCCCGGCCACCGUCACCCCUGGUACCUACACCAACCCCGGCACCACCGUCACUGUGACUCGCACCGAGGACGUCUACUACUGCCCCUACACCAACGGUAACGAGCCCACCAGCGUUCCUGCUGUCCCCACCUCUGCUGUCCCCACCACCACUGCCGUCCCUACCACUGAGGCCCCUACCACCAGCGCUGUCUCUACCACCAGCGUUGUCCCCACCAGCAGCAGCACCAGCUCCUCUGCCACCAGCGUCCCCACCGGUGUCAGCGGUACCCAGAUGGGUAUGACCUUCACUCCUUACAACAACGACGGAACCUGCAUGAGCAAGUCCGAUGUUCUGAGCAAGGUCGCUGUUAUCAAGCAGAAGGGCUUCUCCCACGUUCGUGUCUACGGCACUGACUGCAGCACCCUUGAGUACGUCGGCGAGGCUUGCAAGACCCACAGUCUGCAGAUGAUCCUCGGUGUCAGCGUUGACAGCUCCACUGGCCUUGAGGGCGCUCGUUCCCAGUUCUCCGACAUCACCAGCUGGGGCCAGUGGGACCUUGUCUCUCUCAUCGCUGUCGGUAACGAAGUCGUUAACCAGAAGAUUGCCUCUGCUGCUCAGCUCGCCAGCUUCAUCUCCGAGGCCGCCAGCGCUUUCUCCGCUGCCGGCUACACUGGUCAGGUCACCACUGCUGAGCCCAUUGAUACCUGGCUCGCCAGCGGCUCUACUCUCUGCCCUGUUGUUGACAUCCUCGGUGCCAACCUUCACCCCUUCUUCAACGCUGAGUUCACCGCCGAGGAGGCCGGUACCCUCGUCAGCAACCAGAUCAGCGACCUCAAGGAGGUCUGCUCUGGCAAGGACGUCAUCAACCUCGAGACCGGCUGGCCCAACGCCGGUAACGCCAACGGAAAGGCCGUCCCCGGCGAGGCCGAGCAGACCACCGCCAUCAAGUCCCUUCUCGAGAAGGUCGGCGGUGUCUCCGUCUUCUUCUCCUACGCCAACGACGGCUGGAAGUCCAAGUUCGCUUCCUCUGACACUUACGGUGUUGAGCAGCACUGGGGAUGCAUUGACCAGUUCAAAUAA